AUGGCGAAUCCGGAAUCUGAAUGCAUAUUUCAAGUAGAGAGUGACAAUGAAGAGGAAUAUAAGGAUUUCGAAGAAGAUGGAAAUGGAAAUGAGGAUGAUAAGGAUCUCAAUAGAGUUGAAGAGGAAGAUGAUGGGAAGGAUUUCAAUUCUGCAGACGUAUCAUGGCCUCAAAGUUACAGGAAGUCAAUGGAUCUUUAUGGUAGUGUAGCAUCUCGGAGUCUGACUUUUCUGGGAUCUCCUACUUUAUCACCAUCAAGUGGUUCAUUCAUUUCGGCCUCGCCUAAAAAUAGACACACCACGAAGAUUAUCACAAGUUUGGACAAACCUUUGUUGUCGUCCGAAGCAGACAACCAACAACUACAAGUUCAUACUAGUUCCGAUCCUUCACUUCAUCCUUUGUCAACGAAAAAGUUAUCACAUCAUCAGAAAUCUUUUAAUAUUAGAAAGAGUUCGUUCAGCCAAGCUGUGAUUAAUGGGGUGAAUCUUCUUUGUGGAGUAGGACUUCUUUCUACUCCGUACGCAGUGAAACAAGGUGGAUGGGUUGGAUUGUCUAUAUUAUUCAUCUUUUGUGUUCUAUCAUUAUACACUGGUAUUCUUCUCCGCUACUGCUUAGACAGUCGACCUGGUCUUAAGACUUACCCUGAUAUUGGUGAGGUGGCCUUUGGCAAAACCGGGCGUCUUGUCAUUUCUAUAGUUUUGUACGUGGAGUUGUAUGCAGCAUGUGUUGAAUAUUUAAUCUUGGAGGGUGAUAAUCUAUCUUCUUUAUUUCCAAAUGCAUAUCUAAGGCUUGGAGGAUAUCACCUAAGUUCGCACUAUUUGUUUGCUGUUAUGGUCACUCUUGCUGUGCUUCCAACAGUUUGGCUUCGUGACAUGAGUGUACUCAGUUACAUAUCCGCCGGGGGAGUUCUGGUGUCGGUUCUUUUGGUCAUUUGCUUAUAUUGGGUUGGUUUGGUGGAUAAAGUUGGCUUUGAGACAGCAAGUACCAAGACAAUGAACCUCUCCACAUUGCCUGUGGCUAUCGGCCUGUAUGGUUAUUGCUAUGCAGGGCAUGCUGUUCUUCCUAACAUCUAUAUGUCCAUGGAAAACCAAAGUCAAUAUCCUUUAGUUCUCUUAGCCAGCUUUGCCAUAUGCACUCUUCUUUAUGCUGGCGUUGCCAUAAUGGGAUACGUGAUGUUUGGUGAAUCAAUAGAAUCACAGUUCACUCUCAACCUACCUUCGAAUUUUCUUGCCUCCAAAAUUGCAGUAUGGGCUACGGUAAUCAAUCCGUUUACCAAAUAUGCUUUAACUAUAGCUCCGGUGGCUGAGAGUCUCGAGGAACUGAUGCCAUCAAACCAAUUGGGGUCUCAAGUUUACUCCUUUCUCAUCAGAACAACGUUGGUGAUGUCUACUUUGCUCGUGGCCCUCACCAUCCCUUUCUUUGGCCUGGUAAUGUCGUUGAUCGGAUCUUUACUGACAAUGCUAGUAUCAUUGAUAUUUCCGUGUGUUUGCUUUCUACGCAUCGUUAAAGGAGAUGUAACUCGCUUUCAGGUAUCGUUUUGCGCAUUAAUUAUCAUAGUUGGCCUGGUCUCAGCAGUUUUCGGAACCUACACAUCCUUAUAUGAAAUCAUUGAACAAUUUCUAUAA